GCUGCUUAGUGCACUGUAGCUUGUCCCAUACUGAAGUUUAGUCUGUGCCCGCGCACGCUGGUCUAUCAGGGGUAGCGCUGCCCAUCGGAGGCUGCAACUUGUUCACAUUAUAGCAAGGAUCUAAGCAAGAGGAGCUUGCAUGGAGGAGUAAUUCUGGACAUUGAUGAGAAGGCAAACACAGAAAAGAAAGCCCGAGCCCAAUUAGGAGCAUCAUCCCUCGCUAGCCAUGAGCUGUCUGGAUGUUAUGUACCAAGUGUACGGUCCUCCUCAGCCUUAUUUUGCAGCAGCAUACAGCCCUUAUCAUCAGAAACUUGCCUUUUACUCGAAGAUGCAGGAAGCACCAGAGAGCAGCAGUACCAGCAGCAGUGCCAGUACCAGUGGCAGCUCCUUCUCCAGCCACGUGCCCACCAGCAUCAAGGAAGAGGAGUGCAGCCCGGAGAAGGAGAGACCCCCAGAGGCAGAGUACAUCAGCUCCAGAUGUGUGCUCUUCACUUACUUUCAGGGGGACAUAAGUUCGGUGGUGGAUGAGCACUUCAGCAGGGCCCUCAGUCAGCCCAGCAGUUACUCACCCAGCAGCACCAGUGCCAAGUCAUCUAGAAGUGCCAGUACAUGGAGGGACGCAUCUUUCCCAAUGAAUCAAAGGAGCUUCCCACCAUCAUUUUGGAAUAGCAGUUAUCAGCCUUCUGCAGUUUCUGCUCCCUCUUCCUUGAGCAGUAGCCUAGCUAGUCCUCUGAGUGGUCCACAUGCAGAGAUUCCAUUUGGGGCAGACCCUUAUUCUCCAGCAUCACUUCACAGUCACCUUCACCAAGGUCCUCCUGAGCCCUGGCACCAUGCACAUCACCAUCAUCAUCACCAUCACCCUUAUGCUAUUGGGGGAGCUUUAAAUACACAAGGGUCCAGUUACCCUCGGGCGGGUAUGCAUGAGGUCUACAGCACACACUUUGAUCCCCGCUACAGCUCCCUCCUUGUGCCAGCCUCCGUUCGACCUCACAGGAUCACCCCAGCAGGAACAUCUGCAUCUACAGCACAGUGUGAUUUGGGAAAGGGAGAACCAGCCACUUCUGCAUGGACAACACCUGGGCCAUUUACAGGGCCAGCGACAGACAUGGGACAGAGCAUUGGCCUUAAUGUAGAUGCAGGUUUACAGCCCCAGGAUAAAAGCAAGGAUCUGUACUGGUUUUAACCUGCUAAAUUUUCUCCAGCAUGUAGAAUUGGUGACAUUCUGAGCUGACAUGGAGUUGCUUUGGUUUGGUGGUAACCGCUUGUGAUCUUGGUUUGCAGCUCGUCGUUACUCCUUCUGUGGCGGGACUCUCCUGAGCUGAUGUUCUUAAAGAUUCUGAGUCAAUCCAUUUAUCCAACAUCUCGGAUUAAUCAAGACCUAGAACAGACCUGAACCAGCACUAGGACUGCAAGGGAAGGAUGAAAAUAGGACUCCAAAUCACAAGACUUUUAGGAGACAAAAUACAUUUCUUCUUUCUUUGCUGAGACCAGAAUUUCUAUUUAAAUUGUUAUCUAAAAGUAAUUGGUGCCACCCCGAAAGAAGUAUAUAAAUAUAUACAUAUAUAUAAAUAUAUAUUAAUAUAAAUUCACUGGCUUACUUUUGACAAAAGACUCUAUUUUAUGGUGUUGUGAAUAUUUUUAAUGCCUACGUGAAUUUUACUUUCCGUGCAAGCUACCUGUUUGAUGAUCAUGUCCUGUUUGAUGAUCAUGUCCAGUAUAUAUAUAAAACUGUACGUACAGUGAGUACUAUGCUGAUAAAACAGCACACACAUAAAUGAAAGGUCAGAGGACUAUAUGUUGAUAUACAAUCCUAUGUUGUGGAUGGCAAAGAACCACCUGCCCCAAGCUUAUAGAAUUGCAGCUGUUAAACAGACAACUGUUCAAACUCCAAAAAUAUGACAAGCAAGGUGGCACUUCCCAGGGUUUAGCCCAACAAUUGCAUUUCUUUUUUACAAGGAGCAUUUUAUGAUGAAAGAAGAAACCCUUUAGAAAACUGACAGCCUUUACAUGGAACAACUGCAAGAGCAAAAUGAAAGGAGAUCUCCAGAGAGCUCAGCAUGGACAAUUGAUCUCAGGCAGCUUCUGCUUGUACGCUGCUGUCCUUCUGUCACUUUGAGAAACAGAGCAAGAUGUGUAAGAACUUGAGCAUUACAAAUAUCUUCUUGUUUUGUAAGAAAAAAUACCAUUUUAAUUUCUGAAAAAAAUAUCUCAUCAAAGAGCAGUGGCCCCAUAUCCUAUUUAUAUUGUUUGGCACAUUAUGACUUUUGAAUAAACAGUUGUUUGGGGCUGACCUAACAAAGUUUAUUUGUAACAUAAGUUGCUUCUGUCAUGUUCAUUGUUCAGAAAAGUUACUUGUGGGCUUAACAGUUGCACACUAAGAACACUUGCCAUGUCACCAUUUACUAUCAUAUGUAGCCUACUAACUUGUCUCCAUAGCCAUAAUAAAACAGAUCAGGCUUUUUUAAUGUAAUUAAACAUCACAUCUGUCUAGCUCACUGUUUAUUUUUGUGAAGGCUCUGGUGCAGAAAAAUUAGAACUGUAAUCUGAAACAGGCCAGAAAGUAAGUCCACUUAAGAAUUUAAGAUUUCAUUCACAUACCUUUAAAUGAUGGGCAUUAAAGUGCAUUUUAUAAAUAAAAUUGUUUCUGUAUCUUGUGAUAUAGCAGAAUCUUAAUCAGUAAGGGUGUUAAUAUUUUGAUAUUUCUUUUUUUUUUGACCAAUCAGAAAAUAUAUACAUGCACUGUCAUGAUGUUAUGACUAAAAGCCAGGCAUAAUGCCAAAGCAUGCAAUAAAGCAUUAUUUAAGAA